AUGACUACCCCGACAAACAAUAUGUCGUGGUCGAGUUUGUAUGGUGCUAUUGAUGAGCGUCGUGCAAUAUACGGAACGCCCUCAUCCUCGUCCUCGACCACCGCGCAAAGCAACCCCCAAAUCCCCGCGACCCUCACCCGCAACCCGCAAGUGAGGCACGUGGUGUCCCAAAGUUCCAUACAACCACUCAUCCCAACCCAAAUCUACCCGACGAAUCAUGCUCAAGCAUCCUCCUCCUCUCGGUUUCAACUUCCUCCCGUCCCAUUGUUUCCCACGCCCGCGACCAAUGGCACUUCUUCCCCACAAACAUCCUGGAUGAUGGGUGGAGCUGCAUACCCAGGGCAUUUUGUACGCGCGUACCCAUCGCAACCACUCACCCACAUGCAUAACAUACAAGGCGACUCACCCUCGAUGGCCCCUCGGCCUAGGGUUCCUGUCAGUCAAUUGCUCCCAGCGACAAUAACUACUACUGCAAGAGCCCCCCAUCAAACUCAUCCAUCAUCUGCGUCUUCAUAUUCAUCUCCAUCACAACAUGAAAGGAAUGGUAUCUCGAUUCUGUCUCGUCACCCCGACAUGUGGCCUUUCACAGUCAAUAGACCGCUUCCUGCCGGGUCUCGCACCGUCCCAUCAUCCGCAGGUCCAACAGGUCCUUCCAACGCCUAUCAUACAAGGCAGCCCGCGACUGCCUAUUCAGCGCAACGCAAUCGUGCAUCGCCCCCCUCUGAAGCACCUCCUGUUCCCUCGCUCCCGGUGCCUUCAGCUUCACGACGGUCCUCUCCAACCGUCGUGGGCACUCCCUCCGCAUCCAUGCCCACAUCCUCUUUCACCCCUGCUCCCGCCCCCAGCUCUGCUUCCUCUUCCACAAUUCCCAGUGCUCUUGCCCCCGCUGCCGCCGUCCCUGCUACGACUACUACAACCACCGCCUCCUCCGCCUCCCCUUCUACGGACGCCUCUCAUGACGGUUCCCUGCUGGAUGACGCUUCCCUUUCACGAUGGCUCCUCCAUUCUAUCGUGGCUUUCGCCCAAAACCCGGAAGCAUCACUGGGGGAGUCUGGUGGGCAGGACGCUCAAAGCGUCAACACGGAUCUGACGAGGGCAGCAGUCGACGAACACCCAUCGACGCCAUCGCCACCCCGCUCUCCCUGGUCGUCUCCCAACAAGCGGGCACGUGAGGACGAUGAUGAGAUCGAGGAGAUUUCUUCAGCGGCGUUCAAUAAAGCGAGCAAGAUGGGGAAGAAAAGGAAGACGAAGCAGACCAGUGCUCACGGACCCGUGGUCAAUAUCGGUGAUAUGGGUCCUCCGGCGAUACCAACAGCGUCUACGAUGCCGUGGUCAGGGCAACCUCAGCCGUUGCCAGGGUAUCCUCAACCGGCCACUGAGAACGCCUCCCACUCCAGCCAGCAUCCCACCUCUCACGUUGGCCCAGUGCCUGCCCCUAUGAUGGCGCGCGAGAAUUCUGUCCACUCUCACUCUGCUCAGAUAACGGCGCCUGUGCCAUCUACGCCCAUCGCCCAACGCUUUCCCUCAGCUGCACAAACAGCUGCGCCUUCUCCCGCAGAACAAGAUCCCACCCGAAAUGGGGCCAACUCGAGCCAGCCUGGAAGGGCAGCAUCAGGCCCACGACAAUACAGUUGGCUCCCCCCUUCCAACAUCUACACGAAGAGCACGAAGGCUGCAGUAUCGCAGUCCUCGCCUGGCCUCGCCAACACAGCGGACUGGUCAGAAGGGACAGCGUCUGUCCAGAAGCAGGCCCACCUCCAAACUCCUGGCGCCGGGGGUUCGAGUACUAUCGCAUCCGCGUCACCGCCGAUUCGUCGUGAAGGUUCAUCCGUGCCUCCUAAAGCCACAGCGAAAGUUUCUCGCGAGAAAAAAAUCCAAAGUCUUCAAGGGUUCCUUGAAUCACUGGAUGGUGAAAAAAGCAUCCUCUACGGAUUAAAGUUUGAGGAGAUCCCCGAGUGUUGCAAGCCAAUCAUGGGCAGGAGUCUAAAAAAAGGAAAACUGGACGAGGCGAGCUUGGAGAAGGGCUUGUCUACGCACCGGUUGACGGUCACCCACCGUAAAUGUCCUUGCUGGCGCAAGUGGGAGCACCAUGACCGUUGGGUUAAGGGCGACCACUUCCAGAGCUGCCCAAGCUGUCACAGAAAGUUCUUCACCCCAGAACUGCUCAAAAGGCAUCAGAAGGCGGAGCACGCGAUCCAAGAGGUCGCUAAUGUUUCGUCAGUAACAAGAACCAGUCCUGGACGAUCCAGCUCGUCCAGUCACAAUCGAUGGUCCAGCGUUGACUCUAACGAUGUACGUACGACAUCUACAACCGCUACGUCAACCGGUACACCAGCUUCGACGGCUGCGAUAAAGACAAGACCUACCACGGCUGCGUUUAACGCUCGAGAUAGAAGUUCGACCUCGUCCUCCGAGUCACCAGCGCUCCCCAUUCGAGCGCUAUCCGAGCAAUUCCACCAUCCUACCCGGUAUGCGUCGAACCCCACGGAUGGCACAAGGAUGGCCCACAAUGCACAUCACCCAUCAUCGCUCGCUCUUCCACUACCCCCUCAAUCUGAGGUAACAACUCCCCAGCACUCUUCAGAGUUGAGGCGUCCGCAGAUCCUUCCUCCCAUCAUGCCUGUCACCUCUUUAGACUUCGGCUUCAUUACACCUCCAUCCCCGGCCGAAUCCCACAACUCACUAUUCGAUGGGGACGACGAGGAGUAG